CGUCUGCUCUGUGGGGGAUCAGACGCACCAGGGCCCUGAUGUGGCAGCGGAUACGGGGACUGGCCCGGGCCUGCCGGCAUGGUGCGGGGUACCCGGUGAACUACAAUGACCCGGACCGAGAGGAACAGGAGAUGGUGUGCCUUGAGCCCAUGGGAUCAGAGCGGAUGGAGAUGCGAAAGAGGCAGAUGUCGGUGCAGCAGGAGUCGGCAGUGGGGGGAACUGCACCGGCCCAGCAGGGCCAGCCGGGCCAGGCCAACCCACGGGGCUCAAAUGCAUGUUGCUUCUGCUGGUGCUGCUGCUGUAGCUGUUCCUGGAACGAAGACCGGGAUGAUAGGAACCGAAAGGCAUCUUAUGACGUCAAGGAAGGGACCUCAGACUGUGAAGACUGUCCUAAGCCCACAUUGGAGGAGGUGCGCUCCUGGGGGCAAUCGUUUGACAAGCUGAUGUGUUGCCCAGCGGGGAGGAACUCCUUCAGACAGUUUCUUCGCACUGAGUUCAGCGAGGAGAACAUGCUCUUCUGGUUAGCCUGCGAGGAGUUCUGCAAUGAGACCAAUAAGACUACGAUAGAGGAGAAGGCCCGGGUCAUCUAUGAGGACUACAUCUCCAUUCUCUCGCCGAAAGAGGUGAGCCUUGACUCCCGUGUGCGUGAAGCGAUCAACAGGAACAUGCUGGAGCCCAACUCGCACACAUUUGACGAUGCCCAGCUGCAGAUCUACACACUAAUGCAAAGAGACUCGUAUCCCCGCUACAUGAACUCCCCAGCCUACAAAAACCUGCUCAACACUCUGUCAGAGCAGUCCCCCGAAUCUUAGGGUGGUGAUGACCUGU